UACGGCAUGGAUUCCCAUACCAACCCAUGUCUUUGGCCUUUGACCCCGUGCAGAAGAUUCUGGCCAUUGGUUCAAGAUCAGGUGGUGUACGAAUACUGGGCCGACCAGGGGUGGACUGCUACUGUCAACAUGAGAGCGGAGCAGCUGUUCUUCAACUUCAGUUCCUCAUCAAUGAGGGGGCGCUGGUUACAGCCUGUGCAGAUGACACACUACACCUGUGGAAUCUGCGCCAGAGACGACCAGCAGUCUUGCAUUCACUCAAAUUCAACAGAGAGAGGAUCACCUUUUGCCACCUGCCCUUUCAGAGUAAAUGGCUGUAUGUGGGGACGGAGCGUGGGAACACACACAUCGUCAACAUUGAGUCUUUUAUUUUGUCUGGAUAUGUUAUCAUGUGGAACAAGGCCAUAGAACUGUCAACUAAAACUCACCCAGGUCCUGUAGUUCAUCUGAGUGACAGCCCAAAGGACGAAGGCAAGUUGCUUAUAGGAUUUGAGGGUGGAACCAUUGUGCAGUGGGACCUCCGGGCCAAGAAGGCUGACUUCAGAAUCUACUAUGAUGAGGCUAUCCAUUCAGCCAGUUGGCAUCAUGAAGGGAAGCAGUUUAUGUGCAGUCACUCGGAUGGCAGCCUGACGCUAUGGAACCUCAGAAACACUACCAAGCCAUUCCAGGUCACCUUCCCUCACGGAAAGAUACAGAAGGAUGGGAGAAAGGAGUCAUGCAAACCUAUACUCAAAGUAGAGUACAAGACCUCAAGGAGCAGUGAGCCUUUUGUUAUCUUCUCUGGUGGUCUUUCAUACGACAAAGCAGGACGGCGACCAGCUUUAACCAUCAUGCAUGGCAAGGCCAUCACGGUUCUAGAAAUGGACCAUCCUAUUGUAGAGUUCAUGGUCCUCUGCGAAACUCCAUAUAACAACGAAGUCCAGGACCCUUAUGCAGUGGUGGUACUGUUGGAGAAGGACUUGAUUGUGGUGGAUCUGACACAAAGCAACUUUCCUGUGUUUGAAAACCCAUAUCCCAUGGAUAUCCAUGAGUCUCCUGUUACCUGCACAGCUUAUUUUGCAGAUUGUCCACCAGACAUGAUUCCCAUUCUCUAUUCAAUAGGAGCUAAAAACAAGAAGACUGGCUAUAGUCACAAGGAAUGGCCAAUUGGUGGUGGAACAUGGACAUUAGGCUCUCACACUUAUUCAGAAAUCAUCAUCACAGGACAUGCUGAUGGGUCAAUAAAAUUUUGGGAUGCAUCUGCAUUCACACUGCAGAUGUUGUACAAGCUGAAGACCUCCAAAGUGUUUGAGAAGCCAAAGCAAGGUGAGGGCCGGGCUGCUGAGCUGGGGGAGGAAGACCCUUUUGCUGUUCAGAUGGUUAGCUGGUGCCCUCAUAGUCGCAUCUUCUGUGUGGUCGGCAUCUCGGCUCACAUUAUUCUGUAUCGCUUCAGCAAAUAUGAUGCCAACACUCAGAUAGUGUCCUUAGAAGUACGCUUGCAGUGUGAGCCGGAGGAUAUUAUCACUCCAUCUGAGAAUGAAAACAAUCCCUGCUUCUCAGAGCCAGGCUCCCACUCACCCCAACCCCACCACCAAUACCCGCUUAGCCCUGACAGCAGGACACCAGACGGUGCUAGAGACAGCAUCCCCUGCCUCAAAGUAAAGGACAAGACGGUCCGGGUCCCUCCUGGCUAUCAGUCAGACUUGGUCAUCCAGCUGCUGUGGGUGGAUGGUGAACCGCCACAGCAAAUCACCAGUCUGGACCUCAAUUCUGCAUAUGGGCUAUUGGCGUUUGGGAACUGUAAUGGUCUUGCAGUGGUUGACUACUUACAAAAAACUGUUAUAUUGUGUAUUUCGACACUGGAUCUAUACGGAGCCACCGAUCCCUAUCAGCGCCUUACUCGUUCCCCCCGUAGGAACAGGCAGUCCACCUCAGAGCAUUGCAUGCGCGGCCUGUCUAACUUUUAUUCAGAUUCAAAGAAAAGGAUCCGUACAUCCUAUCAGAGCCUUACUGAACUCACUGACAACCAGCAGUCCAUAGACAUGGAAAAAAGCAAGUCACCCACUUCAGUUCAUUACCCAACCUCCCUUCACAAUGAUCCACGCAUCCUGCCAGAGCCUGUGGCCAGUCUGAGAGCCAGCCACUGCAGUCCAGUCUUUUACUUACUGGACAAUGUAAAGGGACCCGGCAGAAAGUUAAGUCUGCCCACAGAUCUUAAGACUGAUCUUGAUCAUGUCAAUGGACAUUGCACUAGUCCCACCUCUCAGCCCUGCUCGGCGGGGAAACCUCGCAUUCCAAUGGGUCCCGAAGGGCCACGGCUAACCCGCAGAGGCCCUGGCCGACCACCCUUCCGAAAGGCCCAGUCUGCUGCUUGCAUGGAGAUCUCUUUGCCUGUGUCCCACACUGAAGGGCAUGCAUCAAGGAGGGCAAUGCUUCAGCAGUUACAUGGAGUCACUAUGUACUCCCAUGACGAGCACCACACCACCGCCGCAUACUGCUGGAACGAGAGAGAGAGUCGUGAAAACUCCUUCAGCCGCUCUCGCAGUUCCAGCGUGUCUAGCAUUGACAGGGACACCAAAGAAGCUAUCACCACACUGCAGUUUGGAGAAUCCUAUGGACGCAAGAGUGAUGCCCUGCCUACACCAUGUCUGUGGGUAGGGACUAGCUUAGGAGUGGUCAUCCUUAUCCCACUAUCAAUCCCCACUGACCACGAGGAGAGGAUGGAGGACCCUGUCACUGUUGGCCCUAGUGGAGCAGUCCAAAUGCUAAAAGGCUCUGUGCUUCGCUUUGGUUUCUUGGACUGCAAUGGAGCCCUAAUUCAGAGCCCAUAUGAGGUUUGGCGGGACCUGAAUGCCCCAGAGGACCCUGACAGACCACGGAGGCGCAAGCUGGUCCACUUUUCCCCGUCCUCUUCCCAGGAUGCCUUUGGAGAGGGACAUUUGGCCAUAGUUUGCUCUGAGAGGCAGGCCAAAGUCUUCUUGAUGCCCUCUCAGUCUUGCCUCUUUGUCCACAACAUCACAGAGUCAUCCUUUGUGCUUCGAGCUGAUGUGAUAUCUCUGUGCAACAGUGUGUGCCUGGCCUGCUUCUGUGCUAACGGGCACGUCAUGACACUCAGUUUGCCCAGCUUAAGACCGCUGAUGGAUGUCAAUUACCUGCCUCUGACAGACAUGCGCAUAGCAAGAACCUUUUGUUUCACCAAUGAGGGGCAGGCACUGUAUCUCAGCUCCCCGACAGAAAUCCAGAGAAUUACAUACAGCCAGGAAAUGUGUGACAACCUGCAGGAAAUGCUUGGGGAACUGUUUACUCCAAUAGAAACACCAGAAGCUCAAAACAGAGGAUUUUUAAAGGGCUUCUUUGGAGGAAACGCCCAUACUUUUGACAGAGAGGAGCUUUUUGGUGAGGCGGCAGCUGGGAAGGCUUCUCGGAGUCUGGCACAGCACAUCCCCGGUCAGGGAGGUGUAGAAGGCAUGAAGGUGGCAGCGAGUGGAGUAGUGGGGGAGCUGGCACGGGCUCGUAUUGCUCUGGAUGAGAGAGGCCAGAGGCUGGGGGAGCUGGAGGACCGGACCGCUCUGAUGAUGACCAGUGCAGAAACUUUCUCCAAACAUGCUCAUGAGCUGAUGCUGAAGUGUAAGGACAAGAAGUGGUACCAGUUCUAACAUCGGGAUGGCGGGAUGAGGCUGCCACUGGCCUAUCAAGAACUUCAUGCUGCGACUGGAUUUUCACAUGUGAAAUGAAAGCAAUCAGAAGAGACAGAAGAGUGACUUUGUCUUUACAGCUUUUAGAACCAGCUGUGUGUACGUCAGUGUCACUUUGCUGAAGGACGAGGGCAGGUUUAUUCCUCGUCUAGACAGGAGGUAAUACAGACAGUUGGGGACAGUUUGACGGUCUAAAGAAAGAACUUGAAAUAUCCAACAAUUUGGUGUGAAUGUGUGUACGCGUGUUUGUCUGAGUGUGAGCUUGUAUGGUUGGGUUUUCUGGAUCUUAUUGUGUAGAUACUCAAAAGUUAUGAAACCAACAAGAAAUGCAUGAAACAGCAAUGGAUGAGUAUUAAAAAUAUCCAACUGCCAUAUUAAAAAGCAGCAUGCUAAUUUAAGAGGAGAUUUAAAAUGAUUUAAAAAAAUAACUUUUAUUUAUGAUGUAAGCCAACGACAGAAACUAUGAAAAACUUUAUAUUUUUGAGAUACUGGCAAAAAAAAAAACAACUAUAUCUAAAAAGGGAAUCAUAUAACUGCAUUGCUAUUAAGCCAAAACUUGUGUUACUUUCCUUUUUUUAAUUUUCAUUUAUGGUUAAUUUUAUUAGAAUUUUUAUUAGUCUAAGCAAAUAUUACUUAAUACAAUAUAAAUGCACAUAAAUAACUAUCUACACAGACUUGGAAUAAUGUAAUAUUCAACUUUUCUUCUAACUUCAUUUACUCUGGGCUGCACAAUGCAAAUUUAAAUAAGUAGUAAUAACACUUAACUCUGCAAAGUCUGAUCACCCUAGUGUGUUUUCACUGUUUGAGCUGCUGCUAUACUCAAAUACAUUGGAUGACAACGAGGGACAACUCCAUACUCAAUAGUUGUGUAAAAACAGCAACUGAAGUGACAUAGAUGAGGACAGUGUAUUCUGAAUCGUGUGUUUAUAUCUGUUGUACAAACCUAUAUACAAUUUGUGUGCCAUAAAAAGAAAGUAGGAGGAAUCUUUUCACUGGAAGCUUAAGCAAGACGAGGUCAUUAGUGGGAGCGAGAGAUCUUAAAGAAUUACACAUGAAGUUUGUCGUAGAGGGCAUAUCAAAAUCCAUUUUCCUUAUUCUUUAAACAGCAUGUAUAAGGGCAAUGGAGGUUUUUGAAAUGGGUGAAUUUGCAGGCCUGCAUCCUGUUGAAGGGUCGCACUAGCACUUAGGAGGAAAAACUAUUCUCUAAUCCGUCUAUUGCAUACCAACUAGUUUUAUUAUUGCUUAUCUGCAUGUUUAUUUAAUUGGGACUCGGGAUCAACAGAGAAAAUAUGUCCUUGUAUUGUGGGUGGCGAAAGACUCUUAGGUUGGUACCUGUAUCACAACUUUUAAUUUGAUCCAAAAUGAAGAAUUUUCUUUCCUUUAAAUUAGUACUGAAUGUAUUUUGUGAUUUUUUUGUGAAGGUUUUUUUUAUCUACAGAAGAGGUAGAUUUAAGACACAUUAAAACCUUUAUUCUGUUAAAUAAAACACAAAAAUGUAAUUCUUUUUUUUUACAUUUUGGCACUGAAACAUAAGAAACUGAGGCCAGAAGGAAAGGGACCUGCGAAGGUCACCUUUCAUGCAAGUAAACAAAGGCGUUUUUUAUGUAGGUCUUUAACAGCUUCUGUUGGAUGUCAACGUUUAGCAAGCCUUUAGGGUGUGUAUGUGUGUGUGUUCAAGAAAGAUUUCAAAAAUGACUUUUUUCUGUCAAAGCAAUCAAAAAAUGUGCCCUCCCAUCUUUUCAGUGUUAAACCCAAAUAGGCAUUUACUCGCAACCUGGACGGCGUGCAUUGUGAUUUUCAAUUUUUCCGAUAAAAAGUAAGUUGAGAUCACAUCAGUUUCAUCUCUGCCGUCUGUGAGUAAUGUAUCUGUAGACAGUUCAGGGGAAAUAACAGUAUUUUUUUCAGUGAUGUUCAAAUGUUGAGUCAGUGAAGAAAAUAUGUAUAUGUGUAAAACAUUUGCAGAAAUUUCAACUGGAGGAAAAAAAUGGUUGUUUCCUUCUUUUCAAUAUUGUUCUUACUGACUAUGAUAUCCUUGUGUCGCAGUCAAAUAUUUGAUGGUUAUGGCCUCUUCACUGAUGGCUUAUGUAUUUUUAAAAGCAAGUAAUGUUUUAUGAUACAUGGUUGUGUAUCAAAUUGUGAUUGUGUUGUACGUCAGUGGGUAGCCACACGACACAGACUAACAGCGUCAAACAAGAAGGAUAUUUUGUACUUGUGUACUCAUCUGUAUUUUGAACUGACCUGAAAAAAAAAAUUCCAAGGGUACCAACUUUGAUCACUCACAUGUUCUUUAUCCUUUGGAGCAUCACCACAUCGAGGGUAAAAUAAAUUGCCUCUGUCAAGUAGAGGCCAGUUUCUCAUCCUAAAUGAGAUAUACAUUAAAUGCAUUUAAAAUCUGUAAAACAAAAAUUCACAAGUAAAUCAGUAAUUUCCACCAGCUUUGUCAGGCUGCUGAGACAUUCCUUAGACUCAAAUGGCCUUCACACAAACAUAAACUAACCUAAAUAUUCUGACCUUUCACAGUGGAACUACAUGAAUAAAAAGAAAAAAACACCAUGAUUUUGAUUCAAUAAUACAUCAUCUUCUUAUCUCUGUACCGUCAGUGACAUUUGUGUUCUGUGCAGUUCUUUCAGUGGCAGAGAAUACGCAUAAAAAGAAAACAAAACCAAAAUUCAGAAGGAAAAACAAAAACUAAAAAAAAUCUGACUUCUGCUGACAGGGUGUUUUGUUAUUAAGCUUUUUUUUCUGUUUUUGGUUUGUAUGUUUUCAGUUUUUAUAUUAACUGUACAGUUUAACUUUGGGUGAAAGGUAAAACACACAAAAAAUGAGAGACUCUCGGGAUAUUUUCUGUAUUUGUUCUACCUGUUACUGCUGGUACUAUACUAUCUGGAAUUCUGGCUCUGUCUAAUUCACUGGAACUAUGUAGUUCUUCACAAUGUAGUAUGCUGAAAUGGCAUUUAUUUGGUUUUCUCAAUAAUGGCAACAACGUUUGUCUUAUUUCAAUGGAUUCCACUUUUUGUUCUUGAUAUAUUCUAGUGUAAUAGAAAUAACUUGAUAAAAAAGGUCUGAAAAUAUGUUGAUGCAAAAGCAAAACUGAAAUAAACAUUGAUUGAUGUA